UCUCUCUCUCUCUCUGUCUCUCUCCUCCCCGCCGCGCCGCCGCCUCUACCCGCCCGCCGCCGCGAUGGAGGUUUUCCACGAGGAGAUGCCCUUCGACCUCGACUUCCACCCGUCCUCCCCCCUCGUCGUCACCUCCCUCAUCACCGGCGAGCUCUGCCUGUUUCGCUACGGUUCAGAGUCGCAGCCUGAGAGGUUGUUUUCGGUGAAAGCUCACAAGGAGUCAUGCAGAGCUGUUCGCUUUGUGGAUUCGGGAAAAGUGAUCUUGUCGGGGUCUGCUGAUUGCUCAGUUCUUGCUUCAGAUGUAGAAACAGGCAAGGCCAUUGCCUGCUUGGAGGAUGCUCACGAGAAUGGCAUAAACCGCCUUAUCUGUCUUACUGAGACAAUGAUUGCUACAGGUGAUGAUGAAGGCUGCAUUAAGGUGUGGGAUACCCGGGAACGUUCUUGCUGCAACACUUUUGAUGUCCAUGAAGAUUACAUUUCAGAUAUGACCUAUAUAUCUGACUCAAAUCAAAUACUGGCAACAAGUGGGGAUGGAACUUUGUCAGUGAACAACCUGCGUAGGAAUAAAGUAAAAUCACAAUCUGAAUUUUCAGAAGAUGAGUUGCUAUCCUUGGUGGUAAUGAAGAGCGGUAAAAAAGUUGUUUGUGGAACUCCAAGUGGAGCACUGUUAUUGUAUUCAUGGGGAUACUUUAAUGAUUGCAGUGACCGCUUUCUGGGACACACACAGUCUGUGGAUACAAUGCUGAAGCUGGAUGAAGAAACUCUGAUUUCUGGCGCAUCAGAUGGUGUGAUCAGAUUAGUGGGCAUCUUACCUAAUAGGAUAAUACAGCCACUUGCUGAACAUUCAGAAUAUCCCAUUGAGGCCCUUGCUUUCUCAAACGAUAAGAAAUAUCUAGGCAGCCUUUCACAUGAUAAAAUGCUUAAGCUAUGGGACUUGCAAGAGCUCUUGAAUGGCCCACAGGUAGUUAAUGGUGGUGAACCUGCUGCGUCCGGUAGCGAUGAUAGUGAUGACGACGGCAACAAUGACGUCAUGGAUGUAGACAUGGCACCUACCUCUUCGAAAGGAUCAAGGAGUAAAAAGGCAGGCAAAGGUCAGAGUUCAAGUAGACCGGCAUCAGAUUUCUUUGCAGAUUUAUAGGCGCCAAACUCCCAAAGCAGAUGCUGUAAGUUGUAUUCUUUUUGGUACUGUACGUCAGUGCGAGUGGGCAACUUUGAUUGCCAGUGCAGUUUUGGUAUUUUCCAGUGCAGGGCAUGUCAAAUGUUGUUUCUAAGUGUAUUGACUGAUGGACUAUUAGAGGUAGAAGUAGUAAGCUGUGAUUUAUCUCCAGGAAACAGGACCUCGCUGUGGUACGCAUUGCACAUGUAUAUGCUUUGCCGAUUUUCCAGUAAAAAAGGGUUCUGAGUAUUGGAUUGCGA